GCCGCUCAUUUGCAUUAUGGUGAGUGAUUAAGUGGCUUCGUCUGGCGCCCGGGAACUUAUUAAGAAUCUCUGGCCCUCGUGUGCGUACCCCGCGCGCCACAAUCUCCUGCAGGAUCACCCGUGUCCCUCUGUCCCGCUGCAAGGCUUUUUGCACUUGUACGAUAUCUUCUCCCGGUGUGUAUGGCAGCAGCCUCCGCCACCGAGCACAGGCAGAGGCGGAGAGAGAGUCCUUCAGUGUCCGUCCGGACUUGCCAGCGAUCAGAGGGUAAGGUUACGCAGCUGCCGCGCGGACCCCUUCACUCGUGGCUUUGCGCUCACACCCUCCAAGUGAUUUUUUCAUCCGCAUCACAUUUCCGUGUCUUGAACUAAAGUGACACGGAGACACACAUUACUCGUGCCGCAGCCGUUCACAUGAACUGUUUUAAGCACGGGGUAACUUUGUGAGGAAUGGAGAAACUUUGGAGAGUUACGAUGCAGGCACGGGCGGCGGUGUGGAGGCGCUGCUGACGGCGGCUGUGGCGGCGCUGACCCUCGAGAUAACUGGCCUGGGAAAGAUACGAACCAAACACAAGCACUCACCGGCGUGAUAUUCCACUCCCGAGACCAGUGCAUCGUGAGAUAGUGAAGAUAACACACGGGCGGCUUUGUCAGGCAGUGGACAGACAGACAGACAGUUGAUAGCAAGCAGACAGCCGCUAAGACAGCCACGCCCGAGCCAUGAAUAGCGCAGGACGAGUGAAAGCGACUGAACCAUAACGAUACUUAAGAAAAACAGAAAAAAAAGACUUAGAAAAAAUAAAAGAUGCGGAUGAUUAAACAAACGCGGAAUAUAUACUUGAAAUAAACUCGAUUAAGUAGACAGUGAGAGAAAGUGUGACGGAGGGACACGAAUAGACAGGUGUGUGUGCGUACAGACAGAAAGCAAUGAUGGGAGGCGGACAGAAGUGGGGGGCGACCCUGCUGGUGGUAGUGGUGUGGGGGGCGUCGCUCCUCCCCCACGCCCGUCCCCUCUCCCCUUCCCCCACCUCCCGCAACCCCGUCAGUGGCUUGGAAGACAGCCCGCUGACGGAGGUGCAGGCGGUGGAGGGCGAGCGUGUGCUUCUGCCCUGCAACCUGGAGCCACCCAUCUCCAAUGACUCCAUCCACCUGGUGCUCUUUUACCACGACGGAGGCGGCACCCCCAUCUACAGUCUAGAUUCCCGAAGUGUCAGCCUGGACAAGGCGAGUCACUGGGCGGAGAUGGAGCUGGGCGGGAGGGCGUACAUGCAGCUAGUGCCGGGCAAGCGGGGCCUGGUGCUGGAGGAGGUCAGCAGGAGGGACGAGGGGGAGUACCGCUGCAGGGUGGAUUUCGUGCACUCCCCCACCAGGAAUCUCCGAGUCAGGCUGCAGGUGAUAGUGUCCCCCCGCAGCAUCGCCAUCUCCACAGACUACUCUCCCCGGAGCCGCCUCACCCGCGUGGCUGGCCCUUAUCCGGAGGGCUCCGAGGUCACCCUAUCCUGCCAGGUGUUGGGAGGUCACCCCCGCCCCCACGUGACCUGGUGGAACGAAGGGUCACUCCUGGAUAACGUGAGCGAGGUCAACACAGGUCAGGUCACGCGCAACGCCCUUGCCCUGCCGCCCCUCACUCGCGCUGACCUCAACAAGACCCUGACCUGCCAGGCGUCCAACUCCAACCUGACCAUCCCGCUGUCCCAGGUCAUCACGAUAGACAUGACCUACCCGCCGCUCUCCGUGACGCUGGGUCCAGGCUCCGGGGGCGUGCUGACGGUGCGGGAGGGCGUGGGGCAGACCCUGACGUGCGAGGCGAGGGGUUCCCGGCCUCCCGCCAAGCUGAGGUGGUGGAAGGACGGUAACGUGCUGGACCUGCCGACCAAGGACGAGGUGGAGGGCGAUGUGUCACGGUCCAGUGUUACGCUGGUCCCGGAGGCUCGUGACCACGGCUCGCUGGUGACCUGCCGCGCCUACAGCCCCAGCCUCACAGACCAGGUGCUCUCCAACGCCACCACGCUCUCCGUCCUCUACAAGCCGCGCCUUCAGCUGAGCUUGGGGCCACACCUGAGUCUGGAGAGCGUGGAGGAAGGCGACCAGGUGACCUUCACGUGCCAGGUGGAUGCCAACCCGCAGGUGACGGGCAUCCAAUGGGCCCAGGACGGCGUGCCUCUACAGACUAACUCCUCCAUGGGGGUGCGGGUGGGGGGCGACACUCUGCUGCUGGAGAAGGUGACCAGGGCCUCCACAGGUCACUACACCUGCGCUGCCGCCAACACUGAGGGCGCCCGGACCUCGAACCCCCUCCAUCUGGCUGUCAUGUUCCCGCCCACGUGUUCUGACGGCCAGCAGACUGUGUACGGCGCGGCAAGGCAUGAGCAGCUCCACGUGCCCUGCCAAGUCCAGUCCUACCCCGAGCCAACCUUCUUCAGGUGGGCGGUGAACACCUCGACGGGCGUGGUGGACGUGGCGCUCAACCUGUCCAGCAACUCGGGGCGGCGGUCCGUGGUGCGCUACAUGCCGCAGACGCACCACGAUUUCGGGGAGCUGCUGUGCUGGGCCACCAACCGCGUGGGGCAGCAGAGGAGGCCCUGCGUGUUCCGGGUCAUUCCUGCAGCCAAGCCUGAGGCGGUGCACGGGUGUCUGGCGGAGCGCAACUCGUCCAUGCCAGCAAGUUACGUGGUGCUGACGUGCUCCCCGGGCUGGGAUGGCGGCCUCAACCAGACCUUCACGCUGGAGGUGCGGCAGGCUGCCCGGGAGGAGGUGCUGGAGGCCUUCAGACACGCAUCCAACCCGCUCUUCAUCAUCACAGGGCUCAAGGUGGGAGUGGAAUACCUGUUAACAGUCACGGCGGCAAACUCCAGAGGCUCCAGUCCACCCGUGACCCUCAACUACACUGCCACCGCUGCCUCUGCUGAUAAAGUGGUGUCCCCGCACUCCCACACCUCCCUGCUGAGUAUCAUGCCCCUCCUGGUGCUGCUUCUCGGCUCCCUGGUGGCUGUGUCCGCGUGUGUGGCCGUGGGCGUGCUGCUGGUGAGGCGAGGGAGGGACAAGAGGAAGGCCAGAGCAAAGUGUCUCUACGCAGGACCUCUCAAGGAUGACUUAGAGAACCACGACCUUCACACCAUCGUCUGUGUGAAUCGAGAGUGUGAGAAGGAGGAGCUGAUGCGGUCGACAGGGACAGCAGUGGCUAACCUUUACGUGUCGCCCUCAACCCUUCUGAAUAACUCGAGCCUGACGCCCAGUGUGGACGGUGACAUGCCGCUCCGGGAGGGGAUGCCCGUCGCCCCGCUGGCCUCGCUGGAUUCCCUGGGCCGCUGCUCCACGCCCUCCUCCACCUCCACCUCCAAGACCACCUCCUCUGCCUCGUCCAAGUCCUCCCACGUCUCUUCCGCCACGGUGGCCCUCAACCCUGACUACCUGGCCAAGGACCCUGAGUACCUCAUGAAAAACCCCGACCUGCUCAUGAAACACCCGGAAUAUCUCUCCAGAAACCCGGACUACGUCAUCAAAAACCCGGAUUUCAUGCUCAAAAAUUCGGAUUACCUGCUGAAAAACUCGGAUUACCUGGGGAAGAACGCGGAUUACCUCAUCAGGAACCCGGAGUACCUGGCCGUGAGUCCCGAGUACGUGGCGCCCAGCUCUGAGUACCUGCCGAAGCGGACGGAGUACAUGAGCCCCAGCGCGGAGUUCCUGGCGCGGCGGGCAGAGUACCUGAGCCAAGAGGUGGACUGCUUGGGCAAGUGCCGGCCGCUGCUGGGGGACCAGAAGCGGCCGUGCUGCCUCAACUCACACAAGGAGAGCUCCGUCUAGCCACCCCUUCAGAGGGAGAGAGAGAGAAAGAAAGAAAGAGCUGAGUAGUAUCACUAGAGUACGCGCCCCAAAAACUUUAGCAGUUACUAAGGAAACCGAUUUACCAGGAACAACAAUAACCAUAAAACACAACGCUCCGCUGCAGUACUCGCAGAAUCAGCUGCUGCGGCGACACCAAGCAAACACAGGAAACUUACUGGCGGGAACGACCUGUACGAACUGCACGACCUUCCUGAGAGAGACAGAGAGAAAGAGAGAUGCACCCGCCGCCUUACAGAAGCAGGAGGGCGGCGGGCAAUCAGAUGGCGGCGCGGCUCUCACACCUCCAGCUCGCAGGGCAUGAGGCGCGGCGUGAUCCGAGGCACGCGCUGAGAGAGAUGCAAUAGCUGGUCCUGUUGCCUCGACUGGAUUAAUGGCGAAGACUUAGUGGCGGUGCUAAACAAGAGGCAAUGGAGGGAGAGGGAGGGAGGAAGGAGAGGCGAAAUACAGGAGUGUCUAGUGGCUAAUGUAUAUACGUGAAGGAUGACACGAGGUUAAGGAAGAGACAGUAACAGGGCGGCAGGCAGGGAGAGAGAGAGAGGCGAGGAGUUGCAGGUGACCCUCUCAAACAGCGAUAACAGUGACGAGGGUGCGUGUCUCCGCCUCUCUGUGCAUCUCCACGGCAAUAACAAUAGUGACGAACGGUGCUCAGGGGAACUUACGAACUCACAUAGACCCGCACCGCCGCUCCCCUUUCCUCCUGCAGGCCGUGAGUGACAGUGCAGGCGAGCGAACUAAACUGUGAGGUGAUGCAGAUGGGAGGCUAAGACAGGCGGAGGCAGGUGAGGCGAGGCGAGGCGCGGCGAGGAAGGGAGUCUAGUGAAGCACAUUAAUUCUCUGGUGAAGUGAUGCAUUUAGUGUGUGUGUGUGUGUGUGUGUGUGUGUGUGUGUGUGUGUGUGUGUGUGUGUGCGUGUGCGUGUGUGGAGAGAAGAUUACACCUCAUUAAGAAGAUUAACAAGGCUGGUGAAGCAAGACGACCCGCAGGAAUAAUAAGCUGGCUGAACGCACUGACUCGCUCACUCUCUUGUCUGCCAGCGCAUCGAUAAUGUAUUGUUCCUGUCCAGUGUAUCAUGUAAAUAGAGAGAGAGAGAGAGAGAGAGAGAGAGAGAGAGAGAGAGAGAGAGAGAGAGAUAUUUGCCUCCUCACUCCUGUCACAACGAUGAGCAAAAACCGUCGCACAAAACCAGGUAUCUUCAUGUCCCUCCCGUGCAGGCUGUCAGUCCUUCUAUCUGUCUGUCUUCCGCCUCGUGUGUCUCCUACUUUCCUACGCUGCUGAGACUGACACUCAUUACAAGAACAUAUCAUAACGUCACCCACACUUGACACGCUGACGAAGGCUUAAAAACACCCCGUAGCUUGAUUACCUCCGGAACUCAAGCUUGGAAAUGCCCUCUCUUGCAACCGGAAGCGUUCUCUGCUGCAACGCCUCCGUGACACGUCAGCAGGAGGCGCUGACGGAGGAGAGGCAAGGCAGGAGUGAAAGUUUUAUAUAUAUACAUAACAUACACAUGAUAUACAUAUCUCCUUGGGUGCUGUGGGUGACGGGUAGCAGAAAUGUGAUGACUGUACUCGGAUACUGCAUGUUCUUCCCCCAGAUGUCCUCUCUCUCUCUCUCUCUCUCUCUCUCUCUCUCUCUCUCUCUCUCUCUCUCUCUCUCUCUCUCUCUCUCUCUCUCUCUCUCGGAAACUUGACCUCCACGCCACCUCAGAGGUUCAGAGAUGGACGUCUAGUAUGCAAAUGGCCACCCUGAGUGUGACUGGCCGGAGUGAGAGCACGGAAUAUUGGAGUGUGUGUGUGUGUGUGUGUGUGUGUGUGUGUGUGUGUGUGUGUGUGUGUGUGUGUGUGUGUGUGUGUGUGUGUGUGUGUGUGUGUGUGUGUGUUGGAAUUGCCUCUUGAUAAACCUUAGAUGUACCGGGGUGACUUCGUGUUUCUGUUCUUGUGUGCUCGAGAGAGAGAGAGAGAGAGAGAGAGAGAGAGAGAGAGAGAGAGAGAGAGAGAGAGAGAGAGAGAGAGAA